GCACCAGCUUAAAUCCAAGUCUAAAGAGCUGGCAGGACUUCUCCGCCAACUCAGCUGCUCCAACCUCGGCACCUAUGAUCGCCCCGCACGUGCGAUCAUCAACCAAAUCGAAGAAACCCUCGACAGGUGUCUGUUCCGGCUGCUCAAGCAUCCCAAAUGCAUCAUUAUCAAGAUCAUCAAGAAGCGGUUCUCCACCUUCAUCCCCGUUACUUGUUUCCUCGAAAUCUCGGCGCAUCUAGACGCUUCAAUCGGGGAUGUGUCUUGGCUGAUCCGUUUCUGGAGGCCCGGGCCCCCGGACGAGGACUUGAGACGGCCUCCAAUGACAUUAAACGAGCGCAUUCUGUGGCUUGUUUGGGAAGAGAUUGCAAUUCUUCAUCACCCGGCUGUAUCCGUCCAAGCUCGAUGUAGUGCUGCAGCUUCACUCGGUCAGCUUGCCGGGACCACGAGACGUACAUGACGUUGAUCAUCCGGGAGGGUGGAGUGGAAGCCUUGUUGAAAUUGAUGGAGGAGGGUCCAAUGGAAGGCCAAGAGAACGCUGCCAGGACCCUUGGGUGGCUGGGACGUUCCUGCGAAAUCGUCGAACACCUUCAUGCGGAUGUAUGUAAAAUGUUUGCGAAAAUCCUCAGAGAAGGCUCCUUGAAAGUUCAGGUUGCAGUGGCCAAGGCGGUGUCAAUGCUCUCAUAUCAACACCCCGAAUUGCAAGAUGUUUUUGCGCAGCACGAUGUUGUCCGCUUGCUCAUCGGCCAUCUUGCAUUCGAAAUUGUUGAAGUGCAUAGCAGCAAAACCCAUAGCAAUGACAAUGCCACUGCUAAUGAAGACCCAGCCACCAGGGAAAAAAUGAAAGCAUGGCAGCCAAAGCCCUUUGCAGACUAGCGGAAGGGAACUCAGCCAUUUCCCGUAGCUUCGCAGAAUCAACAUCACUAUAUAGUUUCGGUGUGCUCCUGGAAAAGGGUUCCGAAAAUGCCCAACUUUAUUCUGUCCUUGCAUUAAUGGUGAUCAUGAAAGUGGCAGAGGAAGAUGCUGAUUUGAGAAGAUGUGCCUUCAGUCCUAAUUCUCCCACUUGGAAAUAUAUUGCUGAUCAAUUAUUACUGAAGAUCACUGAGAAUGUUGAAAACUCAGACUUCCAAGUCUUUUGCAUAAAAGCUAUUGGGAAUUUGGCAAAGACAUUUGGGUCAAGAGAGACAAGGAUGAUCAACCGAUUGGUGCAGCUUCUCAAUGGAAGCGAAUAUGAUGUUACUGAGGAGGCUUGCAUUGCCCUCACAAAAUUUUCUUGUACAGACAACUAUUUCCACAUUGACCAUUCCAAGGCAAUAAUAAGUGCUGGAGGUGUUAAGCACUGAAUAUGCGUUGGUUCUCAUCUGCUACAUUGCACUGCAUGUACUGUACAGCGAAGAGCUUGCCCAGGCUGAGGUGCUUGCUGCGCUUACGUGGGCAUCCAAGCUAUCUUAUAUGACCAAAUAUGAAGAAGUGGACAAAUUGUUGUGCAACAUUCCAGUAUGGGUACUAGAAAUGGAAGAACUUGCCCAGGCUGGGGUGCUCCCGAUGCUUGAAUGGGAAACCUAACAAUCUUAUAUGUCCAAAGAUGAAACAAUGCUCACAUUGUUACAAGGGGCUAAGAGUAGAUUGAAUCUCCAUCAGUCCAAAGCCUCGAGAGGCGUCCAUUGAUUCAAUCAGAAGCGUAGUGGUUUCCGAUUCCUGGAAAAAGGAACAAAAUUCCAUUCUUUUGUUCAUCAAUUUAUCAUUCUUUCUUCUAUUAUAUUCAUACUAGCUGGUGCUCAUAUUAAAUUUUGAG